AUGGCCGAGCAGGUGGACGUGCUUAUAUGUGGCAGCGGGUCUGCCGGACUUUGCGCCGCAGUCUGGCUAGCUCGAUCUGGCAUCAAUUAUAAGGUUCUAGAGCGCCGACCCGGCCCGCUCGAAAAUGGCCAAGCAGAUGGCGUUCAGUGUCGGACCGUGGAAAUUUUUGAAAGCUUUGGUAUAGCAGAAGACCUCCUCAAAGAGGCAUAUCAUGUUCUCGAGGUUGCUUUCUGGGCGGCAGAAGACAAUGGCAUCAAGCGCACACACUACACCGCGGACACAGAGCCGGGCUUAAGCCACCAGCCUCAUGUUAUUCUCAACCAGGCAAGAGUAAAUAACAUGCUGAUCCAAGAAAUGCAGCGUGUAUCCAAAAGCACAGUAAUCGAGUAUGGUUGUGAGGUCCAGACUGUGGAAGUGGACGAUAUUGCGAGCGAUGACUCAGCUGCGUACUGCAUCACCACCACAGCUAGUUCAAACGGGCAACAAAAAGUCUUUCGAUCCAAAUAUUUGCUGGCAUGUGACGGGGCUCACAGCGCUGUUCGGAAAUCCCUAGGGUUUACUAUGGUCGGCGAUUCAACGAAUGCGGUCUGGGGUGUUAUGGAUAUUCACGCGAAAACUGACUUUCCUGACAUCCGCAAGAAGGCCAUUAUCCAAUCGCAUGCUGGGAACCUUAUGAUUAUCCCUCGUGAAGGUGACUCCAUGGUUCGUUUCUACAUCGAGCUAGGCAGUGCAACUGUCAAGGAUGUCACAUUGGCCGAUCUCCAGGAACGGGCGAGCCGCAUCUUCCACCCCUAUUCUAUCGAGUUCAUGGAGACUGUCUGGUGGUCUGCGUACUCUAUAGGACAGCGCCUCGCUGAUAACUUCGAGAAGGCAGGACGUGUCUUCUUGACGGGCGACGCUUGCCACACGCACUCUCCAAAGGCUGGACAGGGGAUGAACGUAAGCCUACAAGAUGGCUUCAAUAUUGGUUGGAAGUUGGCAGCUGUCCUACGAGGUCAAUCCUUGGCCAAGACUCUCGAGACAUAUGUCUCGGAGCGCCAGAAGACGGCCGCACAGCUCAUCGAUUUUGAUCGUUUCUUCACAAAACUGUUCUCAUCUUCCUAUCGACGGGAGAAUGGAAUCACUUCACAGGACUUCAAGGACCACUUUGUCAAAGCAGGUAGGUACACAGCCGGCCAGGGCGUGCAAUACGAAGAAUCUGUCUUUAUAUCCCCCAACUCGACAGACAAGAUCCUAGCUCGCAACGUUGUGGUUGGGAUGCGCUUCCCCAGCGCCCGGGUUGUACGCUUCUGCGACGCUCGCCCCAUGCAGCUAAUGACAGCGCUUCCUGCUGAUUCCCGUUGGCAUGUUAUCGUAUUUGCAGGAGAUAUCUUACAACAGAUUACAGCCGCUCGGCUUGCCAAGGUCGCAGCAGAACUGCAGAGCAUUAUCCAUAUGUUUACACCACGUGGCCAGGAUGCCAAUACUGUUAUCCAAGGUGUACUCGUGCUUGCGUCAAAGCGCAUUGAGAUAGAGCAAAAAAUGAUCCCCGAUGUCUUCACACCAGAGACAGGAAAGUGGAAGAUCAAACAUCUCCAAAAGGUGUUUGUGGACGAUGUUAGUUACAAUGCAGGGCAUGGACAAGCAUACCAAGCCUACGGCAUUCAUCCUGAAGGAUGCUUGAUUGUUGUUCGCCCAGACCAAUAUUGCUAUACCAUUCUUAAUUAUUUGAUCGUGGGAUUUGACCAGCUGGGUGAUGAUUGA